AAAAAAGUGUGUUUUUAGUCUCGAUUUAAAGACUGUAAGAGAGGGAGCAGACCUAAUAUUCAGUGGAAGACUAUUCCAGAACUUUGGAGCAGCAACUAAGAAGGCGCGGUCACCCUUCAGCUUCAGUCGUGACCGAAGAACAGCCAGCAGUAACUGGUCUGAAGAUCUCAGAGACCUAGAUCCCGAGUAAGAGCUAAGUAGCUCUGAAAUAUAUGAUGGAGCUUGCCCAUGUAACGCCUUAAAAACAAAUAAAAGAAUUUUAAAUUGGAUCCUGCAGGAAACAGGAAGCCAGUGAAGUGAAGCCAGAACCUGGGUAAUGUGAUCCCUUUUCCUCAUACCAGUCAGCAUUCUAGCAGCAGCAUUUUGUACAAGCUGCAGACGUGACAAUGAUUUCUUGCAUAUACCCAGAUACAGUGAAUUACAAUAAUCAAUUCUGGAAGAUAUAAGAGCAUGUAUGACCUGUUCCAGGGCUUUAGCUGGAAUUGAUUUUAAAAUUAAGACUGUUGAACUACACGGCAAGAAGAUCAAACUUCAAAUAUGGGAUACAGCUGGACAAGAGCGUUUUCACACUAUCACAACCUCUUACUACAGAGGAGCCAUGGGAAUUUUGCUGGUUUACGACAUUACUAAUGCUAAAAGCUUUGAGAAUAUCAGCAAAUGGCUGAGAAACAUUGAGGAGCAUGCUAACGAGGAUGUAGACAGAAUGCUGCUGGGUAACAAGUGUGACAUGGAGGAUAUGCGUGUAGUUCCUAAAGAAAAGGGAGAACAGAUUGCCUCCGAACACAACAUAAGAUUUUUUGAAACUAGUGCAAAAGCAAACAUAAACAUCGAAAAAGCUUUCAUUACACUUGCUGAGGACAUUCUGCAAAAGACCCCUGGAAAGGAGACCACUAGUGAAAAUGUUGACAUGAACAGAAAUGGCUCUUCCAGUGGAAUCAGUUGUUGCAGUUAAACAACAGUUUACUGGCUUUCUUCAAAAAUCCUUGCACCACAUAUGCCACGACUUGGUAGCUAUAAUUGCCCAUCAUCCAGGAUGAGACUUUUACUUCUCAUUGUAUAGUUAUAGAUAUACACAAAUCUUUUUUUUUUUCAUUUGUAAAUGUAAAACAUAACAUUUGGUACAAUUAGUGAUGUAGACUGACAAUGCAUUAUGUUUGGGAGAACAUUAAGUAUGAAGGGAAGACCCAACACAACAUCAUAGGUUGAACUUUGUGCCUUAGGUGUUUUUUAUGGCUGAUUUAGUCUAGUUCAUGAUAAGGUUCUUGUUUUAAGACCUUAUUUUAUCACAUUCACAUGCCUUUAAGUCUUUAAUGUCACUUGUUUCUCACCAUGAUGCAGUGCUUUUGAACGCCCUGUGUGACUGUAAUCUUAGUUAGUGGCACAUAUUAGCAUUAGCAGGGGUUGUAUUCACAGAGUCAUAUCUUCCAGCUAAACAUACACUACACGUUCCUUAACUUUAAGCUGCUUUUAAAAACCUAUUAAUUAAAUGAGAAAAAGCAUUUACUAGGUAACAGUGUGUUUGAGUAGCAUUGUGGAGCAAUGGAGUCCUCCAGACUGUCACAUGGUCAGUGACUGUAAGCUUAUUAGCAGUGUUCUCGGUCUCCUCUUUUGAUGUAACACCCAUCAAUCCCAUUUUCUGUUUGCGCAUGUCAUUGGAAGUGCACUAACCUGAUCAAAAACACUGUGCGAUCAGCCUUGCUAGCCUUUAUCCCGCUGCCCAUAACUGUUAAGGUCUUUUUCUGUAUGAAUAAUUACCCUGAAAUAAUGCUGGGUUCCAGAACUACAUAGACAUUUGGGCAUUCAAAAUAACUGAUUUUUAAAAUGAGAUUUUUAUUUGUGGAUGGACCAAAAACAACAAAAUAUACAGUACAUUGAAAUCCUGCAGUUUUGGGAUAUUUUAAAGGGGAUAUUUUUGGGAUAAGUCCCAAGAUACAUGUCAGAGUGAUGUAAAGUUUGGUUUACUUGCUGCUCUUUAGUUUAUGGGUUUAGUGUGUCGUUUUAGCUGUUGGUGUCAACGUGUGUCUGUUCAACACUUACCUUUUUGAAAUCAGCACAUUUAAAAAACUAAAUGAUUUGCAGUGGGAGCAUGAAGAGCUAAGUAUUUCAGCAUGUAAAGUUUUGUUUGUGAUUAUGUAAUUGAUACAGUUGAUUAAUUUAAACACAUUGUAUAUCUGUAAGCAUCUAAUUAACUGUAUUUGUCCUUAUGAAACAUAUCUUUAAGCAGUCUUGGGGUUUUAAUAAUUUCUGCAACUGACUGAAACACUGCAUUGUCUACUAAACGUUUACCUGAAGUAACUAAGUGUGCAACAUAGUAUUAAAUUGUUUUGAUUGUCUACAAUGGGUGACCAUGUCCAUUGUAAAAAAAAAAUGAAAUAAAGCACUAGUUUGACUACACAUUAAAAUGAACAGAACACUGAACAGAGUUCUCCUGCCAAGGAGCAAUUGUAUGUAAACAUUUUAAGACAUGUUCGGCACUUUUCUAUAAGGGAUUUAAUUAUCCUAGUUUAGGGCAAGGUGAGAUCUAGCCUAAUUUGUCAUAAUGGACCCUGAUCAUUGGACAUAAACAUUAAGAUUGAACACUUUAUUACUUGGCUAGUAAAUCCAUUAAUUUAGUUCAUUCUUGUUGUUGACGGGCACUGCCCACCAAAACAGAAUAACUCGGAAGUCCUAAUACUAACUGUUUUUGAGCUAGAGUGAUUAGUAGCAUAAUAAGUAUUGAUAUGUAUGUUUCCACCCACAGAAAGUUGAUGUGUUUUGGUGAAAGAUUUGUAGUGCAAUAAAUGUUUUACUUUUA